UGUGUAGGACGAUCUUCUAGCGUCAUCAUUUACUAAAGCUCCUUCCUAUUUGGUAUAACUCGACGCCAAUCUAACAUUUAAUGAAAUAGACAAAUUAAGCCUAAGAACUGUUUGCCUUGCUCCAGUAAUUGUAAGUUGUAACAUUUCGAAACAACGGAUCUAUUGUCGUCCAGUUCCAUAAUAUUUGCUCAGGUGUGCGCUACUCGAGGCGAGACCUGUACAAAUGAAUGAGCCACGGCUGUGAUAGUGCUGCGAAGUGCGCAUGUGUACGCGCGCUCGAUAACCGCACUACGCCCGUGUCCGCGGCACGUGUCCAUGUGAUCAGCCGUAAGGAUUCUAAACGUACCGACUGAGAUGAAGGAGGCUGUGCCGCGAGCUCCCCCAUAGAGUCGUGUUCGCGAGCGUACCGAGCGGCGCGAAGGCGCGGGGUGAGCGAUGCGCGCGGCGGCCGGUGGCGGCGCGCCAGUCGCACACUCGCGCCGCACGGGGUAGCUGCCAGUCCGGUGCGCCAAUAUUAUCGCACUUUUGAACACUGCCGUAUUCUGAUUAUACAUAUGCAUCGAAUUUGUUAUUUUUAUAAGUGAUUAUCUAUAAGACGGAUUAUUAUUUGGUGAUGUGUGGAGUUUUCUCGGAGGUCCAGAACAGCUGAGGUGUUGGAAUUAAAUAUAUUCGUGGAAAAUCGCGUUAUCGGGAAAGUGUUUUUCUUGUUUGUGGUGAGCGUCGGUGGGUUGUGGGGAGCGGGCGCGCGCCCGUAGUAGCGGGUCGGUGGAUGGUGCGGCGCGGGCGGGCGCCGGGGCGCGGCCGGCGGCGCCGCUAGCAAAAUGUCGAUACCCCUGGGCCGGGAGACGGUGCAGUGUAUGGCGCGAGCAUUAUAUGACAAUAUAGCGGAGUCGCCCGACGAGCUGGCAUUCCGUCGUGGUGAUUUGCUCACCGUACUGGAGCAGAAUACUGGAGGCAGUGAGGGCUGGUGGCUGUGCUCCCUGAGGGGCAGACAGCGACUGUCCGCGGCCUCUGGUGGACUGGUACGACGCGCCCCGCGCCCCCAGGCCAGCCAGCGCAGACUCGGCCUGCAGCGGGACCGGGUCCUUGGCCUCGGCCACCUCCAGCGCUUCAGCAAUCUCCGGCAGCUCGGUCCACUCGGCUGCCUCCGCCUCCAGCACUUACGACGUGCCCCGGUCUCGCGCGCUGCCCCUGCCUUGUGAUGCGGCUCUUGAGGCACUUGAUAGAUUACAGGAAGAAGCAUCGGCGGCAGUGUCGCGGCUGCUGUCGUACGUGUCGCCGGGCUGGCGGCGGCGCGGCGCGCUGCGGGCCCGCGUGCUGGACGUGCGCGUGGCGGGCGCGCGCCUGCGGGCCGCUUUGCACGACCUCGCCGUCUUCGCUGACGCCACUCUCGCCAACGCACACGAUGCACAAGAUAAAGGUAUCGCGGUAAAGCUACGUCCUUUAGUGAAGGCGUUGAAGGACGCUGAGCGUAUUACACACGAGGCGACGAGCGCCCUGGACGCGGGUGACUGGGCUCCCGAGCGACUGGAACGGGAUAGGGAGCCUACAGACGGCACGGAAGACGCGCUGGACCAGCUCGUGUCGUGUGCUAGGUCCCUUACCGAGGAUGUGCGGAGAGCUGCCUCCUUUAUUAAUGGGAAUGCAUCGCUGUUGUUUAGGCGAUCACCAGCCGUUCCAGUUCCGGAACACGAAUGGACGGAGGAGUAUGACUACGUGAGACUCGAGUCUCGCACUGCAGUCGGGCGUCGCAACGCAGAGAUUAGAGCUGCGUUACCCGACAAACUUAGGGCUUCCUUUGACGCGCUCGUUAGAGACGCGGACCAUGCUGGCGAGGUGAGUGCAGUAGCCGCAGCAACUCGCUUGCCGGCAGACGACCGGCAACUGGCCGCGUUCUACGCCGCUCAGGCCGCCACGUACGGCGCUCACCUCGCCACGGCCGUGGAAGCCUUCCUGCGCACCAUCGAGAUGGGCCAGCCGCCCGACGUGUUCCUAGCGCACGGCAAGUUCGUCGUGCUCAGCGCGCACCGGAUCGUGCAUGUCGGCGACACAGUACAUAGGAGCGCCCGACACGCAGGUUUAAAAACCCAAGCGCUUAGAUGUUCGGACGCGCUGUCCGACGCGCUGGCGGCGACCGUGGCGAAGACAAAGGCGGCGGCGCAGCAGUUCCCGUGCGCCCACGCCGUGAGCGAGAUGGGCGCGGCGGCGCGGGCGCUGGCGGCGCGCGCGGGCGAGCUGCGGCGCGUGCUGGUGCGCGCGGCCGACCCGCCGCCGCCCGCCGACGCGCCGCUCUCGCCCGCAACGCCCGUGCCGCCCUCCGCGCCCGCCACGCCGCUCACGCCGCUGGCCGCGCCCGCCGCCGCGCUGCCCGGCCUGGCGGCGCUGCAGAUAUAG